AUGAUGCGGCGCAUGUGGGUGCCCACUUUUAGUGCUCAACAACAACAUUUACACCACGCCAUGGGGCUGAAAAUGUUGACAUAUGCUUCGACUCCUUCCGGAAGUGGUGUUACAUCAGCAGCAUCUAAUGAGGAAAUGAACUUACAUGAUGCUGCAGCAAUUGCACCGGGGCCGUAUCGCCGUGUAGGGAACAUUUUCAUUGUGCAUUGCGAUGAUCAUCCAUUCAAACAUUCAUGGGAAGUUAAUCGAAUGCUGCGGGAGCUGCGACUUGAGUUCAAGGGACAAACAACCAUCGUGCCGGACAUUCCGCAAGUGCGAAAGCGAAUAUGGCGAGUGCGGCAUAUAGUGAAGGUUGAUGUACUCGACCUUGACGAGGCGAAGGCACUCAUAGGGGUACCAGAACAUAUCAGUUUUACAGAUUUGGCCUCGCAACUUCCCCCAUCGUUCGGGCGCGUUAAGGCGGUGCCGAGUCCAGUGAUCCGAAGCAAAAUGAAUUUCAUGAAACUGCGGCGAAUGCGGUUGCGUGAUGUCCUUCACAGAGAUGCAUUAGAGUUGCGACUUUUGGAGUUGAAACGUAGCGCAAUGAAGAAUGCAGAGCAGCAGAAACAUGCGCAAAAGGACGAGAGAACAGAUAAUAAGGAGGGAGAGAAGUGUUGA